UUUGGAGUGUAUUUUAUUACCAUCAAUUUUGAUUCUCUUCAAGACCAGACUGGCCCAGUGGUAGCCAGUGGCCACCCAACACCAGUGCACAUCACCAGCGUUCAGUCCUUUGGAAAGCGGAGUCGGAAGGUGGAACUCUUCAUCAUCUUCAUCAUCAGCUAAACCGAAAACCAAUUUGCCUCUUUACUAGGGUCAUUUUCCCUCAAUUUGGAUGGAGUGAUCAGGAGGGAAAAAAAGACAAGACAAGAGGGCACACCAUUCAGCUGUUGGUUGGGUCCAAAGGCAGACGGCGCAUCCUGUAUGGUAAGUUAAAGACCCACACUUCGGCCGGGGAACCCAAAAAGGUGAAAGUGAGUGGGGCCCAAAAUGAGCACGAGUGGGAACAUUAGCGGCUUGCAGCCCCAUUCAAUGGUGGAUGGGACUAAAACUGGUCCUCAUACAUAUGUACGGCGUCUGUAUUGGUAAAAUGCGGAGGAAUGGACUGGACUCUAUGAUAUGGGUAAAUACCGCAGGAAAGAAAAACCAGAUGAUUGAGUUAAUAUUAGCAGACUUGCAGUUCACGGACUUGAGGCGGACUCCCGAAAAGAGGACACAGCAACGGAGGAGACUUUUGAUACUCGUCCAUUUGAUGUGUUUUCUUUUUGCCAUUGUGGUUUCUUUGACCUCGUCUCAGCCCAAGUACGCGCGUAUAAAACCACCACUCAUCAGUAACAGAACGCUCCUGCGGUGUCUGGGCAGAAUGUGAAAGUCGAUACUUAGUCUCAUCACCAAUAUGGAACCUGCAUCAUGAUCAGCAUCCUCCAUCCAUUCUUUUUUUCCUUUUUUCUUUUUUCACGUUCAGCUUAU